AUGUCUGCGAACGAAGGCGGACACCAAGACAACACAAAUGCUGGUACAACUCCAACGUUAAAUACUCUUCUUAGCAGCAAACCAGCUAGUGGUGGAGAUAUUGCUUCCCCUUCACAUCCUAGUCAGGAUGGUAUGCACAAUGGAUCAACGCCAAAAGUACAUCCACAAGUUGCUGGGGUUCAGAAUCAGGAAUGGCAGCAACCUCGAUCGCCGUCACAAGCAGGUGGUGACGUAUCCCAACAAACACAAGGCAUGCCUCCACAACCUCCGCCACAAGGAUAUCAGCCGCCUCAGGGAUAUCCUCCACAUCCUUACAUGGUACAACGACCUGGUGUGCAUCCGGGGUAUCCUGGGUAUCCCUCAGGAUAUCAUGCACCUCCUCCACAAGGUUAUAGCACAUACCCUCCACAAAUGAUGAGACCUGGAGGCCCACCACAACAAAAUGAUUUUGUAAGAAUGCCACCAGGACCCAGUCCUAUGGACUGGUCAGCACAACAAAAGAAAAUGAUGGAAACUCCUACUAAUGCUUCUACACCUGCAUCAAAUAUGCCUGCUCCCAGUCCCGCUCCAUCUUCCAUAGCAGACGAAAGUAUGGACGAGAAAUCAAGAAUGGAAUCACCGUCAUGGCAAAAUCACUCACAGCAGCAAAGGCCGAUGCAAGGUCCUCCAUCCGGACCACCACAGCCAAUGCCGGGUGGGAUGCAUCAAGGUAUGAUGCCACCUGGUCAUCCUGGUAUGCCUCCACAACAUCCAAACAUGCAUCCAGGAAUGAUGCAGCCACCAGUAAUGUCACCGGCAGUUAUGCAAAGAAAGGACAGUAUUGUAGAUAAAUUGGUUGGUCCAGCAACUGCGGCUAACCCGCCAAGAGUUAUGCCUGAACGACGUGCGUUCUUUGAAAGAUUAGUAGCUUUUUGCGAACAGCACUGUGAACCUAUCACAAUGGUGCCUCAGGUGUCCAAGCAAAAUGUAGAUCUUCAUCGUUUAUAUAUUGCCGUUAGAAAUCGAGGAGGAUUCGAACAAGUUACAAAAGAAAAAGCUUGGAAAAAUGUUUGUGCUGAAGCAAAUCCUGAGAUUUCUGAAUCAUCAGCUGCUGGCUAUCAAUUAAGGAAACAUUAUCAAAAAUAUCUGCUCUUGUUGGAAUGUGUAGAAACGGGAAAGAAUGCUGAUGAAGCUGUAGCAUUCGCGGACAAAUUAAAAAGGCAAAGAAGGAAAGAACCUGCUGCUGCUUCUCAAACACCUACCUUCGGAGGCUUUUUCAACAUUUCGCAAUCAGGUGCUAACGAAAAUGCUGGCAGCUCUGCUGCUGGCUCCGUGUCUCCGUAUGCUCAAUCCACUCAGCAGCCAAAUAGUGGCAAUAGCACUACGGCCGCCACUGGCCCACCACCUCCUAUGUGGUAUCAUCAACCAUACUCGAAUACUAGCUAUAUCCCCAAUCCUUAUAAUUUGCCGCCCAACGUGCAAAAUUAUAACCCCUCUGGGUAUUCUAACAUAGGCCAAUCAUAUCAAACAAAUAUGCUACAACAUCAUUACGCGCAAAGAGAAGCAUACCUGUUAUCUAGGGGUUUUAUACCUUCAGCUACAGACUGGAGAAAUUAUGGUACCGUUCCGUCAAAAAAAAAAGAAUACAACACACAUAAAGUUGCUGUUUCAUAUGCUCAAUUCUUCUUUUCAGGCGGACAGCCCGGUCAAGCUGGCCCCCCACCAAAUGCUCAACCUCACCCAGGAGGCCCACCUCAGGGAAGUAUGCCGCAACCCGGCGCUUACCCACCUCCUCCUGGUCACCCUGGAAUGGAAUCUCAUCCUUAUUAUCAUCAGCCUGGUUAUGGGCCCCCUCCAGGUUAUCCUGGAGCCCCACCACCAGGACACUAUCCCGGUGCUCCUUAUCAAAGAAUGCCUCCUGGUGUGACUCCAAUGAGAGCCCCACAUCCUCAACAACAUAUGGGUCCCCCUAUGCAAGCUCAACAGCAACUACCUCAACAGCCCCCCUUACAAGCCCCUCCUCCCGCCCAAUCUACCCCAUCAUCUGAAGCAGAACAGCAGCAACAAAGUUUGCAAGUUCCUGCCCAAUGUAGUCAGCCUGCAACACCUAGUAGUCAUGCAGGCCCUUCAUCGGUGCAACCAGCUACUCCCCAAGCGGCUCAACCGGAUAAUGCUGGAAGCCAGAACGGCAGUAGAGCUCCAAGCGCUGGUCCACCACCAAGUGCGGCAACUCCUGAUAGUUCUUCCAGGAUGAGCGCGGGUGGUGAAGGGACAGAACAACCUGAAGCUGCUCAACCUUCUGGGGGAUCAGGAAAUGCAACCCCUAUUCCUCCUGCUCACACUACUCAACCUUCCACUAGUUCAUCAGCGGCUCCUGCUGUAUCUUCAUCUGCUCCUCCUCAACCUGCUCAAUCUCACCCAUCACCUAAUCCUGCGAGCAUGAUGCAGCCAGCUGCUUCUGGAACUCCUGGUGGACCUCCAGGAGGUCCUCAUGGCCAAUACUAUGGACAACCUCCACCAAUGUAUCCAAGCGGUGGUCCUCCAAGACCUGGAGUGCCGCCUGGUUACCCUGGUUAUCCGGGAAAUCCACCAUAUCACCCAGGUCAUCCUGGUGGACAUUAUAACUCUCACCCUGCUGCCCAUCCAUCGCAUCCACAUCACCAACAGUAUAUGCAACAGCAACAACAGAUGUGGCAACAACGCUAUCCCAAUCAGCCUCCUCCCGGGUCGAAUACUCAGCCAAUGCAAAGAGGUUUCGGAUAUCCUCGAAUGCCGCAGCCAAGUGCUCCUUCCCCUGGUGGCCAGAAAAUGAGGCAUCCUCAACAACCAAUGCCUAAUCCUGCAACACCAAGCGCACCUGCUCCUCCAGCAGUACACGCUGCUUCUCCCGCUCCAUCGCAUCGACCUGGCCCACCUGGACCUCCAGGAUAUCCACAAACUGGUCUCCCAGUGCAACCAGCACCUUCGUCCUCACAACUUCACACAUUUCCCCCAGGGAGUAUUGAAGCAACAACAAUUUGCCAAAAACGACGAAGGAAGAUAUUAGCGAGAGAACUAAUUAACGCUACACCUAAGAGAUUAGUUAUGGCUUUAAGAAGUGGACUUGAGACCGAAGCUAUUUGGGCUAUUAACGCAUUAAACGUUUUAUUGUAUGACGAUUCUAAUCCCCAUCCAACCCUUGCUCAAAUGCCAUCUAUUCUUAACGUGAUUAUUGAACAUUUUUGGGCAACGUUAUCUUUGUUAUAUCCUGACACUUUCCCGCUAUCGGAACCUAACCGGAAACAAGUUUUCGCUGAUGGAAUCCUAUCAGAAGAUAUGAAAACUAUUAUUGCCUCUUCCACACGAACAGAUGUGAAGCAUCUUGUCAAUGUAAAGAACGCUGAUAAGAAAAUUAACUAUACUAAGCAAACCCGUAAUGGUCGCAAAGUCCAAGUGAAAGAAACUGAGAUGCCAGAAUCCUUGAAACGAAGAAUAAUGUUGGAGGAGAGUACAAGUGUAGACGUCGACGAAUCUCUCACCACAACCUAUGUAGAAGAACGAUCGAAAAUUGGAUUAGGCGGUGGAUUAGCUGAACGAAUUGCUGCUCGGCUUAGGUCUGAGUGGGAAGCCUCUCAAGCUGAACCCAGCCCAAGAUUCUCGUUAUAUCCACGAAACAAAGAAAGUACUGAUGCCGUGGUACCGAACGACGUUAGCAUCAAACAAGAAGUCCCUGAUGACGAUGAAGAAGUCCCUGAAAUCCUUUUAUUGCGGAGGUCCAAAAAGAUUGAACUAUCUGAUAUCCCUAUUGAAUUUGAACUAAGAUGGCCACGCCAUAGUGCUUUGAGCGAUCGGGACGAUUUCUUCUACAGACUGGCGAUGCGAGCUUUGGCUCUCUCUAAUAUCAUCAGAGGAUUCUCCUUCAUCACUGGAAAUGAGAAUGUAUUAUGCAAGCACAACGGAGUUCUGUUUAUGAUCGGACGUUUCCUUUCACUGAAAGCACAAGAAGUGAGAGUCAGCAGGAUUAAGCCAACUAAAACCGAAGCGGAAGCCCCUCUGCCUGAACGCGAGUCAUUUGAAGUUUCACGGGCGAAGUCAAUUGCUGUUCUGGAAAACGAUGACAAUAGGGAACUUUUAUUGGUAGAGACUGCUCAACAACUUAGAGAUGAUGCCUUUGUUAUGUUAUGUCAUAUGAGUGCUACGCUGGAUCUUUUUGACGUUGAUGAUUCAUUAUCCUAUCCAAUUUAUGAUGGAUUAUUACGAUGGAGUGUGUCUAGUGUUCCGGAAGCCAUUGAUCCUAUUCCACCUGCUGCAACUUCUGUCAGGAACUAUUGCUUAGAAAUCAUCUGUAAGAUGUCCGUUCUCGAGAGAAAUGUUGACAUGCUGACUGUUACUGGUCCAUUUCCAAGGCUAGAGAAAUUUGCCCAUGUUUUAACGAAGCUAAUCAACUUGUCUGAAGAAGCUCAUAACAGAGAGUUCGCAAUUGUUAUUCUAAAUGCUUUGUGCAAUGCAUCUGAAGCUAUUUGUUUCGUCACAGCUCAUCAGACCCAAGUUAUAUCGCAUUUGAUUGGCUUCAUCGAGCAUGCAGACCAGACGAUGCAUCAAGUCAUGCAAAAUCAUGGAAUUGCUGCUCUUAGGGAAAAUCCUGAACUCAUGGGUACUUCUGUGGGCAUGUUGAGAAGAGCUGCUACCAUCCUUCGCAACCUCAUCAAAGUCCCAGAAGCUUAUAAGUAUUAUUUGAAACAUCAACAAAAACUGCUGCAAUUCACAAUGAGUCAACUGAUGGAUUCUCGUGUCGCUGGAAUGUUCGCUGAUAUUCUUUAUGAAAUUCAAGGAGCACUCAGCAAGAUCGAUGUUGCACGUAAACCCGUCUCCUCUUCUAAAACCGAAGAAAAAGAUUGCAAAAAGGUCUCUGUGAAAGCUGAGCCUGAAGAGGAAGUGAGUGAUGUGUCUGCCGACAACGCUGAUUCUGGAAAUGAAAAACCAGCAAUCAACGGCGAUACUCACGUAGUUCCAGUUGCUCAGGUGGCGAAGGGUGGAAAACGAGGAACAAGUAGAGAUGAAAGUCCACCCUCCAAACGAAGUUGUCUCGAAAACGGUUUUGGCGACAAAAAAAACGGCAUAAUCGAGAAGAGUACACUUCAAAUAAAGGAGACCAGAUCCGAUAACGGAUCAAUGGCAGUUGUUGCUUGA